AGACCUUGGUACAUGGAGUUCUUCAGACCCACGGUGCAGAGAGUCGAGAAAUGGGUCGAUUCAUGGUCGGGCAGACAUGGUGUCCUCGUCGUCUUUCCUAGCGUCAUCGUGUGGUUCUGGUGCGCUGUUCCUUUUCCUCGCAGCAAUCCUAGUGGUGUGGGCCGAGCUUGGUGUGAUGAGUCGGACGGGGCAUCAUGGUGCACAGGUCGUCUACACGAGGCACCUUGGAGCGGCCCUAUUACCCCAGGAUCUCACCAUGAGGACGUAGAUGCCAAUUUUUGGUUCUUUCUUCUCUUCUACUACGGCCUGUAUGUCGCCGUGGCCCUUAUAUACAUAACCCAACUCUUCUCUCUAUACCGACUCAAUUGGUGGCCCUCUGCUUUAGGAGCCAAAACCAGCUAUACCAUUUUCUGGCUUCUGUCCAUUGCAUGCGGAUAUCUCCUUCAUCGCCUCAAUAUUGAUACCGUGACGGCUGGCCCUGGUAGCCCUCGCCCAGGCGAUGCAAAGGAGCCAUCAGAACUUCUGUCCGUCUCCUGUGUUCACAAGAGCCUUGCUACAAUGGUGCAAUUUUUCUCGGCUCACGGAUCUAUCGAUGCGGAAGAUGGUAAUGACGACGACGAUGUACAGUGGCAGCGAAAAACGCUCUGGGUAGCAUUGGCCUUUGCGACAAUGUCGAUGCCGGCUAUUGUCUGCCUGAUUGGCCUUCGGCGCUCUGGUCGUCAGACGUAUCGUCAUUCCCUGACGGACAUGCAAAAGACCUUCUUGGAACGGCAGCUGGCCCGGAGAAUUCCAGCGUCAUACAUACGCUUCCUCUGGUUCGUCGCUACAAUUGGUCUGAGUUUGGUGGCCCUUCUUGCUGGACAGGGGUACGCUAGCGUCUACUUGAGCACCUUGCCUCAUACCGGGUUCGAUGGUACGGCGUACGUCACUUUUUGGAUGAUUACAGUGAAUCUCUUGUCCUUGAUGAGCGGCUGGAUACUCGAAGAGAAGAUCAGAAGCAGAGCUUUGCUUUUUGCGAACAAGUAUUACUACUUCCUUGUCUACUUCAUCUUCUACCGGAAUCUCUUUGCUCGCCUGAGAUCCUUCGACCAAUUCGCUCUGGUGCAGCUGUUCUCCUCUGUGUGGGUCUGCAUCUUCUACCCUUUAAGCAUGACUUCACUCGCGCACCGCAUCACUCAAUACUUCAACCCUCGCCCCAAGUCCUGGGAGGAGUACGUCGAGUCCAUCGGUCUAGCGAUUUACCUUCGCAAUCUUGCGCAGAAUGUGACAAUGGUCGCUUUUCUCGGAUGGGUGUCCAUCCUACACUUUGGAGGAAACCACUCUCUGUACCCCUUUUUCGCCUUUGCGGACCGUGGAGACCCGUACAAUUACCAGCUCACGAUGCUCGGGUCAGGAGCCAUCUGGGCCUCAGAAUUGAUCACAAGCUUCGUUGCACGCGCAACAUGCAAAGCUGCUCUAGGCGUGGAUGUGACGAAUCUGGGACUGGACGAGUUUAGAGAAUUUCCAGAAUUGCUGGCUACGUGUGUGUGGACAAGCGUGCACGUUUUGAUGGAUAUGCUGUUGUUCCUCAUUAAGCUUAAUUUCAGGUAG